CGAGCUGGCUGAGGGGAGCAUGGCCGGGGCCCUGCCCGUGCUCCUGCUGCCUCUCCAGGCGCCGCCGAGCCCCCUCGCCAGGGCCAAGCUCAGCAGGCGCCAAGGGGCCCUGGCGGUUGUCUCCGUCGCCGGCGAGGCGCUGCGCUGGACGGAGACGGGACUGGAAGGGAGCAGCCACCGACCCGCUCUCGUCGCCUUGCCCGGCGCCUGCCAAGACUUUGUGUGGGAGAAUUUAGAAAACAGCGAUCCGGAAGUGAACAACCAGAAACUACUGGCUGUGAGCCAGACCCAUGAUCUUUCCAUAUAUGAAAUUUCUCCAAAGGCUCGAAAAUGUGAACUGACGCUCCUGCACAGCUGCAGUGAAAACCGGCUAAAGAAGCUGAUUGAACAAAAAAAUAUUAGUUUACCGCCGGUCUCCUCUUUGAGAGUGCUGUCGUUUGAAAACAGCAAAGUUUUGCUAAUGCUCAACAGCUUCAUUAUUGUACGGCUUAUUUUUCCGGGAGGAGGACGGGAGGCCGAAGAAGUGGACGGCUGUUUUUUUCUUGGCCUGUCUCCACGGGUUUUGGAAAGGAUAGUGGAUGUUUCCUUUUGCAGAGGCAUUGUUAUCCUGUUAGACCAGUCAGGAUGGAUAUAUGCCUUUGAUGCAAUAGAUGGGACAUAUCUGGCCUAUGUUGAUGUUGCCCUCUAUAAAGCAGAGGGGCCAGAUGAGAAGAACCCAACUGUCUUGUCACCACUUACGUCGAUAAGUGUCUCACACGAUCUCAGUGUCGCUGUGAUCACCAACUCUUCCGGCUAUGCUGCAGCGGUUGACUUCGAUUUGUAUUUCAAAGAAUAUCCUGACCAUUUACUCGGUAAGAAAAACGUGAACACUCUUCCUGUAGAACAACUGAAGGAAACUGACGAGGAUGACCUCCGAAGCUCAGAUUACAGCAUGACAUUUGUGAACCAGGCAUUUCGGACAGACAGGUCAUGGAAGGCACACUUAAUGUCAUUAUACAAAACUACGAAAGGAUUUUAUUCUCCCAAUUUGAUCGCUGAUGUUUAUUUACCUUGGUAUCAGCACCGUCAGAGUCCGGAGCACAAUGACUGUAAGAUCCAUGAAGCUUCCGAGAACUCUCUUCUUCAAGAUGCUGCGUUUGUCUUUUCAAAGACAAGAAGGAAAGAGCACAAAAACACGAAUGAAAGAGAGAGACAGUGGAAGAACAUGCAUGCAGGAGGGCCAGGAGAUUGUAUGAAAAUUGAAUGUCAAUCCGUGACGGGUUUCAGCGCAUUAUUCACUGUCUCAAGUGAGAACGAGGGACUGACUCUUGUUCUGUGGGAUUUGGAGACUCAAGAUAUCAUGCAUUUUCAUGCAGGCAAAAAUUCCUUCUUUGUGGAAUGUGAUCAAGAGGAGCAGUUAUGUCUCAUUCUCUCAGAGCUUGGCCUCUCUUUGAUUCUGUUUGGCUUAACACAAGAAGAAUUCUUGAAUCGACUGAUAAUCCACGGAAGUGCCAGCACGGUGGAUUCUCUUUGCUGUCUCAAUGGAUGGGGAAGAUGUUCUAUUCCCAUACAUGCCUUAGAGGCUGGCUUGGAGAACCGUCAGUUGGACACUGUGGAUUUUUUUUUAAAGAACAAGGAGAAUCUUUUCAUUCUCUCUUCGACUUGUUCCUUACAAGAUGAGACUCCAAAUAUCACAUCGGAUUUUUACUUGAAGAGCGUCGAAGAGCUGAGGCCAGCCUUGGACUUGCUUUGUUUGGCAAUCCAAGAAAACGACCUAGAAGCGCAGAGCAAACACUUCUCGGAGCAGCUGCUGAGCCUCACCUUGUCUUUCCUUAACAAACAACUCUGUGAGAUUUUCGUCCACAUCAAAGAACUGGAUGAAAAUCUGGAUGGAUGUGUGAAUAUUUUAACCAGCUACAUCACUAAACUUAGGACGUUUAUGAUAAAGUUCCCCCGUAAGCAGUCCAAUGUCCUAAGUGCACCAUGUGACUUCGAAGAAGAUGUUCCUCAAAUACAGCAACACCAGAAAUGGGAGCAGUUUAGCACCGAGCACGUUGUCGCCGACGCUGUUUUGAACAACAAGCUGCCAGAGGCACAGACCUUUUUCCGGACAACUUGCAAUCCUGCUCAGAAGCUAGAAGUGCUGAUCCAAAUAGGACUGGAUCUGGUGUACAAAAGCCUUCUGAAGGGUGAUGGCACAGAGGCCUCCAAGCUCUUAACGAACAUGGGGUUUGAUGUAAUGAAGCACCUGCACAAAAUCUGUUUCUAUACCAGUGAGCAAUCUGUCCGUGACUUCUUGGUGAAAGUACUGCAAGAGGAGAAUUACUUUUCUGAAGCUGAAAAGGAAAUGAUCGACUUUGUACGCCAAGUGGAGAAAGUUUACUCGGGAGCUUCCCAGCAGAAUGCCGAGAAUGUCCAGUCCAGACACUGGGGGAAGGAAAAUGAUUGGUCUGCCCACAUGGCCGCUUUGGAUGUGGUCAUGAAUUGCAAUAAGGACAGAAUUCAUAAUGGAGAACACAGACUUAUGUUAAACUGGGCUCAAUCAUGGGAUCGAAUCACGCAAGAGACGGUUCUUCUCCCCACACGAUCGCCUAAAGAAUUCAAGUCGUGUAAUCCAGAGGUCCUUUGGAUGCAUUUGUCAUCCUGGCACGACUGGGGGAACAUUCGUUCAUGGAUUGCAGAAUUUCAGUCGCAGGGCAGCAGCACCAACUGGCCAGCGCUGACCACGGAGGCUCUUGACAGAAGUACCUUGUGCAGCUGCUAUAUGAGAAACGAAAUAUUGGACAGCCUGGCUCGAAAUGGGGGUUUUGUACCGGCAGAACUGGAAGAUUUCAAGUGCCUUCUUCAGAGACUGACUCUUGCUGGAGGAGUGAUGCAGAACCCGCCACCCGUCUCAGAACGUUUGCCACCUGGGGGCUUAGAUUUCCAUGCCUGCUUUAUCCUUUACUGUUUAGAUCAUGGGCUGAACCAUCUACUCUACACCUAUCUAGACUAUUAUUGUUUAUUUUCUUCAAAUUGUCCCAUUUUGGGUGAUCAGGCACUACAUGAAGCUCAUCCUUGGUUUGAAUUUUUAGUGCAGUGUCGAGGCAUUGCCAGCCACCCUGGAGAUGCACAGAUGAUUUUUCAGGCUAGUCUGGCAAAUGCCCAAAUCUUGAUUCCGAGCAACCAGGCCAGCGUGAGCACCAUGCUUCUGGAAGGACGGACGCUUCUCGCCCUCGCCACCACAAUGUAUGCUCCUGGAGGUAUUGACCAGAUCCUUCAGAAUGGAAGCAGAGGAGAGAACCCUUCCAAGAAGGUGGAUGCCCAGCUGUUCAGGAUGGCUCUUGCUCCUUACCCCAAGCUCAAAGCAGCCCUUUUCUCUCCGCUUGCCUCUCAUGGCGUCUUACCUUCUGAUGUCUCUCUGUACCAUCUUCUUCAGGCAUUAGUGCCAUUUGAUCCCGCUAAACUGUUUGGCUGGCAGCCAGCAAAUUCACUUGCCCUGCCUGACAUUUGCAGUGAUCUUCCUCACUUCUCAUGCCCCAGUCUCAUCAACAAAUAUGCUGUAAUAGAACGGCUGGACUUCUGCUACUACUUGCAACAUGAGCGCCCCUCUUUUGCUUUUGGGACCUUUUUAGUCCAGCAGCUAGCAAAGAGCAAGACCCCAAAGCAACUGAUUCAGCAGGCAGGCAACGAAGCCUAUGCCUUGGCCCUCUCUCUGUUCCACGUCCCUUCUGUUGUCGCUGCCUGUGUCUGUUUUUUGGAAUUGUUGGGCCUGGAUAGUCUCAAGCUCCGGGUGGACAUUAAAGUGGCAAAUGUGAUUUUGAGCUUCAUGUCUCGAAGAGAAGAACCGCAGCACUCUUCCAUCAGGGAGUCCUUGGUUGAAAAACUGACAGAGCUGGCUGAGGGUGAAAAAACAGCAGCCGAAGAGCUCCUUGUGUGCUUGGAGGAAGCAGUUUGGGACAAGAUUGAACACCAAAAAAUAAAGAAGACAUCCAGCACCGCAAGGAAGCAAUGGUCCUUGGUAGUCCAGUUCUGCAGGCUCCACAACAUCAAGUUGAACACGUCCUACCUGAAAGAGUGUGCUCGAGCUAACGAGUGGCUGCAGUUUAUGAUUGAAGCCCAGAUGUACGAUUACCAGCCAGCUGAGGUCAUUGGCAUCCUCCAGGACUUCAGCCUUCCUCUGCAGGAUCAUUUGAGGUUGGCCUUUGAGAGUCUGCGGUUUUCCCUCCCUCAAGUGAGAGGUCAAGAUGGCAGCCCCUGCUUGCUGAGGCCUGAGCAGAAGCCAAAGAGUCCCACAAGCGAUCUCUUCCACGUUCUGCUUCAGUGUCAGAACCAGCCGUGCCCUUGGAGUCACCUCCUGGGAGAAACGGUGAAGCACCACGCUCCUGUCCUGAGUUUGCUUGCUGCUUGCUUCCAGGAUGCCAACAUUCUUCAUUGCCUCUGCAUUUGGAUAAUAACUUCUCUGGAUAAAGCCACUGCUGUGGAAGUGACCAGCCAUGUUGAAGGCUCCGUUGAAACCCAUGAGUGGGAUCUUCAGGACUUGGCCGCCCUCUGGCAGAUUCUUUUAAGACGACAAAAAGUUAGAACUCUUCUUAAUGGCUUUCAGUUCUUUCUGAAGGACUCUCCUUUGUUGACAAUGCUCGAGGUGUAUGAAUUGUGCAUGGACUACAAAAAUUACCAGGAAGCUCAGGCCAAACUCCUUGAGCUCCAAGCGCGUCUUUCAAAACUUCAAGCCACAGAUGAAGAAUCUCCUCCCCUCCUGCCCACACCAUGGUUGAAGUCGCAGGUUUCGUUUCUUCUCGAGCUGAUGCUGCAACAGUGCAGAACACAAUACGAGUUAAGAAGACUCCUUCAGAUUUUUGCUGAUACAGGCACUGUUCUUCCUCAUGGGCCAGAUAUGAAGAAGCUGAGUGCACUCAGCUGGAUCUUGAAGGAUACAUCUGUCUCCAUCGAUCGUGCCAUUCUAAGCAAUUAUACUCCUGAGAACUUCUCGGAUGAGUGCAGAAGAAUUCUGGAGCAGCUUCAGGAGAGAAGCUUGUUCUCCAUUGCGCGGGACGUGGCAGAAAUGGCCAAGCUGCCUGUGGACCAUGUUGUUAUCCAAGAGAUCCUCCAAAAUUUACAUCUCUUGAAGCAAACUGGCCACUGGCCUCAGAAGCAGACAAGAAUUGAAUUCUGGAAGAAGUGCCACGAGAACUUUGCGAGGAACGCCGUUUCCAACCGAACAGCCUUCGAUUUCUUCUCUGCUCAGGCAGAUUUGGUGUCUGAGCCCUUGGAUGAAAAAACGUCCCCCAUUCAGGAGAGACGGCUUCUGCUCACCUUGGCUGGCCACUGGCUAGCCAGCCGCGAGCCAGUUCCACUCAGUGAGCUUGAAGACAUAGAGAGGAAAAUUUGGCUUUGUCACAUCACACAACAUGCGUUGAGCCGGGGCCCCCAGCGGGCUAAGCCCAGAUUCUCUCCCCAGAUUUCCAUGAGUGGUGAACUUUCCUUCGACGCUUUGGCCAAAGAGUUCUCUUUUUCCAAGCUAGCUGCUCUGAGCACACCCAAGUACUUGCGGCUUGAGGACUUUCCUUCCCAAGGUGCCUCACAGGCCGCACUUCUGGAUGCUGAAGUGGACUCGCUGGGUUUCUUGAUGGGGUGCCUUCUUGACGAGGGGAGCUUGCACGAAGCUAGCCGCGUGUGCCGAUAUUUCAACUUCUACAACCGGGAUGUGUUGCUGGUCUUGCAUUGCAGAGCCCUGGCCUCUGGGGAAGCCUCUCACAGCUGCUGCCACCCCGAGGUUCAAGCUGUCCUUGCAGCAAAAGAGAAGGAGAAGAAAGAGGAGGGAGGGGAGAGGGAGCUUCAGAGCCGGCAGUUGCAAAGCACCUUGAGCCUGGAGUCCUGGUCCCUUCUGGGGGCCCCGUGUUCGGACGACAAGGUCGUAGGCAGCCUGCAGGCUUUGGCAGCCGAGUGCGUGCAUGGGCGGAACUACUGCCGACAGGUCCUCUGCCUGUACGAACUGUCCAAGGAGCUCGGCUGCUCCUUCAGCGAGAUCUCUGCUCAGGACCCUGAACGGCUGCUCCGUGCCAUCCUCUCCUCUCAGCGGCCAGACAGGUGCAAAAAGGCCCAGGCGUUCAUCACUGCCCAGGGGCUGGAUCCAGAGACGGUGGCUGAGCUGGUGGCUGAGGAGGUCAUACGGGAGCUGCUGGCCCCUUCGCAAGGAGGAGGAGGGCAAAACCGAGCACUGAAUCCCGCAGAGGAGAGCCAGUCCUUUUUGCAACUGGCCAAACUGUGCCAGGAUCACACUCUGGUUGGCAUGAAGCUCCUGGAUAAAAUCUCUUCUGUGCCACAUGGGGAGCUUGCCUGCACUACAGAGCUGCUGAUUCUUGCCCAUAACUGCUUCAGCUUGACCUGUCACAUGGAAGGGAUUACUCGUGUCCUUCAGGCUGCCCGGUUGCUCACGGAUGAACAUUUGGCACCCAAUGAAAAGUACGGCCUCAUGGUUCGGCUUCUCACUGGAAUAAGCAGAUACAAUGAGAUGACCUACAUCUUUGACCUGCUGCAUGAAAAACAUUACUUUGAGGUGCUGAUGAGAAAGAAGUUGGAUCCGAGUGGGACUCUCAAGACAGCCUUGCUGGACUACAUCAAGCGAUGCCGCCCGGGGGACAGCGAGAAGCACAACAUGAUCGCUCUCUGUUUCAGCAUGUGCAGGGAGAUCGGGGAGAACCACGAGGCGGCAGCCAACGUCCAGUUGAAGCUGAUGGAGUCUCAUCCUUGGGAGGAGUGCCUCCAGGAUGUACCAAACCUGAAGAAGCUUCUGAUGAAAGCCCUGACCCUCUUCAUAGACGCAGCUGAAAGCUAUUCCAAGGACUUCUGUGUGCGCCAGUCGCUGCGCUGCAACCGGCUGACAAAGCUCAUCACCUUGCAGCUCCACUUCCUGAACACCGGCCACAGCACCAAGCUGAUCAACCUGAAUAGGCAAGACCUGCUCGAGUGCAUCCUGAACUUACCCAGAUUCUACCAGGCUGCAAUUGUGGCUGACGCCUAUGACUUUGUCCCGGACUGGUCUGAAGUCCUGUUUCAGCAAGUGCUUGUCAAGGGUGACUUCAGCUACCUGGAGGAGUUCAAGCACCGUGGCCUGCUCAAGGCCGGCACCUUCGAGGACAUUGCACAGAAGUUCAAGCAGCGCCCUGGAAGCGCAGCUCCUCUGAAGAACCUGAAGAGGCUUUUAACUUACUGCGAUGAUAUCUACGUGUAUUACAAGCUGGCUUAUGACCACCAGUUCUACGAUGUGGUGAACAUGCUUCUGAAGGAUGCUCAGCUGGGCUCUUGCCUGAACGACCUUUUAUCAAACUAGGCUGUGCAUUGAAGGAGAGCUGGAGCCAGGACUGGAACUGCGGGAGAGCUGACUCUCUGUGCCGAGGGCACCCAUCAGCCUGUGUUUCAGAAUCCGGAAUAUAAAUACUCUACCUGCACUAUUCUUUCUUAUUUUCCAUUGACUGUAUUAAACAGUGGUGGUCAUUUGUUAACUUCAAGCUUGGUUCUAAACUAGUAUUGACUGCUGAAGUCAGAAUAGACUUUUCAAAAUAAGUAUUAGUUUGUAAAAACAUUAAGUAUUGUCUGCAGGACCUCUGGGGGGGGGGGGGGCGCUUUUCUGCUACUGCAAGUAGGUGUUUCACAACUGCCCCUUGCCCAGGAAAGCAUGAAGCAGGAGACUUCUGCUGCUGGGUUACAAAAUGCGGCAGAGGGAGACCUGGUCAGUUUUUGCCUUUUCAGUCCGGUUGGUCAAUGGGAUUUGCAAUGGAAAGACACUUUAUAAAACUAUUUUGUAAAUUUCUAAUUAUCAGUGUAUUAAACAGACCAUACCUUUACUGCACUUUAUUUUCCCUAGCUAAAUUUCAUUUUUUAAAAAGUUUCAGGCAACUCUUGCAAGAACAUAGGUAUGAUUGCUACCUCUUUAUUCUCUCCUCUACUGCAGUUGUUUUCAAUACCUUGUAUUUACUUCUGUAAAACCUGAAAGGGUGCCCCAGCUUGUAAAAGUUGUUGGUAAAUAGCUUUUUCAACUCUGCAUAAAUACUGGGGCCUGGUAUCCCCCCCUUGCACUGUAUGUGUCACUUUUUAGGUGCCAUUAUGUAAAUAUUACCCCAGAAAGAUUUCGUGACAAAAUGGGACAGGUCUGGAAGUAACUGACAAUAAACCACAGUUCAUUUAAAUGGUA